UAACCUAACCUGCAUGUCUUUGGACUGUAGGGGAAACCGGAGCACCCGGAGGAAACCCACGCGAACACGGGGAGAACAUGCAAACUCUGCACAGAAAGGCCCUCGCCGGCCACAGGGCUCGAACCCAGGACCUUCUUGCUGUGAGGCGACAGCGCUAACCACUACACCACCGUGCCGCUGGGCGAGAUGAUAAUAAUAAUAAAUCAACAGAGCGGGGAAGUGUUUACAGUGGGAUUUAAAAGUGAGUGUGGCGAAACGCCUUUCCUUUGCGAGUCAAGAAACCAUCCAGUGACAUCACAGUGUAUGCAAAUUAGGCAGGUAGUGAUCCAAUCAGCAUGUUUGCAGGAGAAGUCUUUCUGAGGCGGCACUCCUGCAGUCUGAGCUCAGAUCUUCUUUUUUUUUUUUUUUAACCUUUUUGGUCACCUUGACCUUGACCAGGUGAUCCUCAAAACAUCGGAGGUUCUAUUUGAGACCAAUGCCCAUCUAUCCUGAAAGUUUCAUGAAGAUUGGUCCAGCAGUUUUCCCGUAAUAUCGUGAACAAAAAAACAAAGGAACCCGACCGAAAACAAUACUUCGCCCCGCUUACUCCGUAGUGGGCGAGGUACUGCCUGAUUCCUAAUGACCUCCCAUUCCACUCAGCCUGGCACGAUGCCCACUGCUCCAGACUCUCCAUCUCUUGGUGUCACGGUCAGCGGCAGUGUGCAGAAAUACAGCGUGAAAAAGAAAAAGGUCCUCAACGCUGAAGAAACCGAGCUGUUUGAGCUCACUCAAGCUGCUGGUAUCAUCAUAGACCAAGAGGUCUUCAAGAUCAUCGUGGACCUCCUAAAGAUGAACGUGGCACCUCUGGCUGUUUUCCAAACUCUAAAGGCAAUGUGUGCAGGUCAAAAGAUUUCAGACACGAUUGCUCCCGACCCAUCAUCUGUCACUGAGGUCAGAGAAGAGGACUCUAAGGUCCCAGACAAGAGUGCUAAAAAAGCAACCUCUCAAGCCCCUCCCAGUGCCCCUGCAGCCCACCCUCAAAGGGCCGGUGCUAAGAUAGUGGUCUACAGCUCUGGGGAACAGAGCUCUCCUCUCUCUCAAGUACGCAGUAAAUCAGGUACAGGUCAUGCGGAGAAGCGAGAGCAGCGAGUGCCAAGGCAGGCAAGUGCCACCCGGGGGCAGAAGAGUGCCAAGAGUUCAGGAAGCAGCAGCUCUUCAUCCCAGCUCACCUCAAACUAAACUCACGAAAGUGAUCCAGAUUCACUUUUUCCUUUUUGGUUUGAUAAACCACGUGCUCCAUAUGGUCUCUCUCUCUCUCUCUCUCUCUCUCUCUCUCUCAAUAUCAGUGAGCUUGUUUUUAAUCCGAAAGUGUUCCUCAUGGUUUUAUGUUUAUUUAUUUCUUUGUAUUACGUUGAUGUCAGAUCGAUGAUGAUGAUGCAGAUGAAGAUACUGGACAUUCAGUUGGGAUUUGGUGAAUACAUCUCUGAUCUGUUAUUUUAAAGUGUAGUGAAGAUGACUGGAAAGUAUAAGUUUAAGUUUUUUUUAAUAUUUAAGUUUUUCCACGAACUCGAGUCGUACAUGAGCUGAUAGCUGUAAGCCAUGUAUGAUGAGAUUGAAUGGAAUAACUGUUUUAUUCUAUCCACAUUCACUGGAUUUUUUAUUUUUUGCAAAUUUGAUAAAUAAAAACUUUCAAUUUGGGAAAAAUGAUGAUAUAAUAAUUUCUUGAAAAAUAAAAAAGAUAUUCUUACCAUUAAAUAAUUUUAUUCCAUAUUUUGUUGCUUU